AUGGACGUGGUGCACCGGAAAGUGACCUGGUCGGUGCCAGACGGACGCGCUGCCGCCCUCCCUGGCCUGGACGGCGUACUCCGUGGGCCUGCUCGUCGUCAUGAUCCCCCUCAGCAUCCUCGCGCUGUACGAGCGGAGCAUCAAGGUACUGGCGGACGCGUCUCAUCACCAGCGUGGGGGCGUCCCGGCUGGGUUGGCGACGAGCUGCACUCGUCCGCGCUGUUGCAGCAGCUCGGGGUGCACUUGGUGUCCAAGACGGACAGCUUCGUGAGCGCGGGCGACGUCUUCCUGGUCACCCUGAGCAGCAGCGUGGCCGUCACGCAGGCCUGCCUCUCCCGCCACUCCGUCGUGGACUGGGUGACGCAGCUGCACACGGUGGACGGGCUGCUGCGCUGUGACUGCCCCCGCGUGCCGCGCGUGCUGCUGGCCUGGCUGCUGGCCCUGGUGCUGCUGGGGCUGCUCGACGUGCUGUACGUGGUCCUGCAGUCGGGGGCCUCCUUCGCCGUGCUCUACGUGCCCAACCUGCUCAACUACUUCAGCGCCUACCUCAUGGAGGCCCUGUUCGCCGACAACGCCCACAGCGUGUUCGUGCGUUUCCGCACUCUGAACGCGCGCCUGUGGUCCGCGCUGCAGGCAGUGGGGCGCCGACAGGGCCGGCAGCCAGGUAUGCACGGGUACGGCUGGGUACGGCACGCCCCGCGCCGCUACCCCGCGCGCGGAGUCUCCACCGCCUGGGGUAGCGACGGGCCAGCAGGCUACAGAUUCCGAGUAGUUUGGUCUCUCUGUCUCUGUCGCACUCACGGGGCAUCCCGUAGCGGCGCGAGAGAGGCAGAGCGACGUGAAGCGCCUUUGGCAGACGAUCACGUGUGGUCUAGCCCUUAAUGGUAAUGGUAACGA